AUGCGUCUUUUGCCAACCAUAGCAACGGCGCUCCUGUUCACAGUCAAUGUGACAGGAGCUAGCCCAGCUCCUUCCGCCGCCAGCACAGCCCUUUCGCCUCUUGCGAACAUUGUGGAGGAAGCUGUCCCUACUGCCUCGGCCACUCAGCCGCAGGCCGACAACCAGGUCAAUGCCGCCAGCACGGCUGCUGAGCCCCCCGCAACCGCUGGAAACACCGGCAGUGCGUUCAAGGCUGCUGCUGCGAAGGACGAGGAGGAUACCUCUAGUGAGAUCGCCGAACCGGCUCCCACCAAGGCCAAUAACCCUGUGGAGUCGGUAGUCAACGACAUCACGUCUGCCGUUCCGAGCGGUAACAAGGAGACAGCCGAUACCGCUGCCACUGGAACUGCUGAUUCCACCCCUGAGACCCCUGAGCCGACUGAGAAGCCCGCUCCCAAGACCGCCACCUCCUCCGCCAAGUCUACUGCCUCAUCUUCCGACGAUUUCAAAUCAGCAAAUAUCUUGAAAGACCUCACAGACGCCCUUGGCGGUCUUUUCGGCGCCGGUGGCACCGGAGGUCUCCCUGAGCUGCUGCGCGGUCUCGAGAGUCUGCUGGACCCUCGCCUUCUCGGCCAUAUCACCGACACCUUCGAGUACCUCUCUACCAGUUUGGCCCCCCCUGUUGACACCAACCUUCGAUCUGUGGUCAAUGUUGCCCACGGCCUCCUGACUCCCGAGUUCGGCAAGAAGGUCGGCGGCCUCAUUGACAAUGCCAACAACCUCCUCAGUGACCAGAACACCAAGGAGAUUAUGACCCUGAUUGGCAACGCCAACAAGCUCCUCACUGGCGACUUCGUCAAGAAGACCACCAACCUCAUCGACAAGGCUUCUCCUCUCAUCGACAAGGCCGGUCCCCUCAUCGACGAUGCCGCCGGUCUUCUCACCGACAAGAAUGUCAAGGCCAUCGAGUCCCUCCUCACCAAUGCCAACACCCUGCUUACCCCCGAGUUUGUCAAGGAGACUGGCGGUCUCAUCGACAAGGCUGGUCCCCUCAUCACCAAGGCCGGUCCCCUCAUCGACAACGCCAGCGGCUUACUCACCAAGGGCAACACCAAUGCGAUCGAGGCGCUCGUGAAGAAUGCCAACAAGCUCUUGGACGAGGCGACCGUCAACGCCCUGAAGGACUUGCUCGACCAGGUCACCCCUCUGCUUCCUCAGAUCAAGGGCCUGCUCAAGAAGGCUACUAUCGAGCAGAUCACCAAUUUGCUCACCAAUGCCAACGCCCUGCUUACCCCCAAGUUUGUCAAGGAAACUGCCGGCCUCAUCGACAAGGCUGGUCCUCUCAUCAGCGAUGCCAGCGGUUUACUCACCAAGAGCAACAUCAAGGCGAUCGAGGCGCUCAUCACCAAUGCCAACAAGCUCUUGGACGCGGAGACCGUCGACGCCCUGAAGGACUUGCUCGACCAGGUCACCCCUCUGCUGCCUCAGCUGAAGGGCUUGCUCAAGAAGGAUACCAUCGAGCAGAUUACCAGCUUGCUCAACAAUGCCAGCAAGCUGCUCACGGACUCCUUCAUCAAGGACACCAACACUCUCAUCACCGAGGCUGUGAGCCUUCUCACCCCCGACCUCGUCAAGGCUCUGAAGUCGCUCCUCAGCGAUCUCACUCCUCUGAUCCCCGAGAUCAAAUCCUUGUUGAAGAAGGAGACCAUCAAGUCCAUCGAGACCCUUCUCAACAACGCCGGAGACCUGCUCACCGCCGACUUCGUCAAGGAAACCAAGAGCCUGGUCGACAGCGCCGACGAUCUUCUUACCCCCGGCGUCGUCACCGGACUGAAGGACAUCCUCGGCGACGUGAUUCCUCUGGUUCCCGAUCUCAAGAGGUCGCUGCUGAACCGCACCAUCAUCGCCGAUCUCGGCUACAUCGUCACCAACGCUACCAACUUGCUCACCCCGGCCUUCGUCACCGAGACUUCCGGUCUCGUCGACAACGCCGACGGCCUCCUGACCCCCUCUAUCGUCACUACGCUCAAGGAUAUCCUUGGUUACGUGCCCGAUUUGAUGCCCGAGGUCAAGAAGUUGCUCAAGCCUGCGACUAUCAAGGGUGUGAACGAUCUCUUGCACAACGCUGGUGAUCUCUUGACGCCUAAGUUCGUCAACGAGACUUCCAUCUUGAUCGAUGAUGUUACGAGCUUCCUGCCUUUGAUCCAGGAAUUGCUUAAGGCGCUGUAA